AUGGGUGUACGAAAUAUGUCACUAUUUUCAAGUGAAAAUGUCGUAACUUUUAAACCGAAACAAACAAAAUUAAGAUACACAUAGUAAUAGAAUAUCGAUGUCUCGAAAAUACAUUAUUCGAGUUCGAUAUACUGUAAGUUCGUGACAGUUGACGCAUAGGUAGCAGAUCCACUGAUGGUGGUUCAAAAAGUUGUUGUUUGAUUAAUUACCUUUCUAAGAUCACAAGAUGUUGGUCUUCUGUGAUAUUUUUUAUUUUAAAGUGCUUAUAUUUACUUAUCUGUUGGCAUUUUUACCCAAAAGUUUAGGAAGUGAAGGUGCUAUUUCACUCACACAAAAAAACAUUGAUCAUACAUUAGCAUCCAAUGAACUUGUAUUUAUAAACUUUUAUGCAGAAUGGUGUCGUUUUAGUAAUUUAUUGGCACCCAUAUUCGAAGAAGCAGCACAUAAAGUACAUACUGCUUUUCCAGAAGUUGGAACUGUAGUUAUGGGUAAAGUAGACUGCGAUAAAGAAGGAUCUGUAGCUUCAAGGUUUCAUAUUUCCAAAUAUCCAACAUUAAAAGUAAUUAGAAAUGGACAACCAACUAAAAGGGAGUAUAGAGGACAGCGUUCUGUUGAGGCUUUCGAGCAGUUCAUCAGAAAACAAUUACAAGAUCCCAUUAAAGAAUUCUAUGACUUGAAAGAAUUAAAUAAUCUUGACGAUAAAAAGAGAAUGAUUAUUGGAUAUUUUGACAGGAAAGAUAUUCCAGAAUAUCAAAUGUUUAGAAGGGUAGCAACAAAUCUAAAGGAUGACUGUCAGUUUCAUGUUGGCUUCGGCACUUGCUCCAAUGAAAACUGUGAAAUAGGACAGCAUUUUCACUUGGUAGAUGCAAGUAAAGCCAUGCAUCCACCUGGUCAACCAAUUGUUGUCUUCCGAUCGGAUAAAGCAUUGUCCAAUGAUGAAGAUGAAACUUAUCAAGGCAGUUUGAAAAACUUUGACGAAUUAAAUAUUUGGGCUCAAGAAAAAUGUGUACCACUUGUGAGGGAAAUUACAUUUGAGAAUGCAGAAGAAUUAACAGAAGAAGGCUUACCUUUCCUUAUAUUGUUUCAUGCUCCAGAUGAUACUGAGAGCGUCAAAAAAUAUAAAGAUGUUGUAACUAGAACUUUGAUAGAUGAAAAACAAAACAUUAAUUUCUUAACUGCUGAUGGUUUGAAGUUCGCACAUCCUCUUCAUCAUUUGGGAAAAAGUACAUCCGAUUUGCCGUUAAUCGCGAUCGAUAGUUUUCGUCACAUGUACCUGUUUCCUAGCUUCCAAGAUAUCAAUAUAGAGGGAAAACUGAAGGCGUUUAUUCAUGACUUAUACUCUGGAAAACUUCAUCGAGAAUUUCAUCAUGGACCUGAUACUCCUAGUAAUAAUGAAAUACCACAAGUUACAGGACACGUGAAAGUGCCUACAACCCCACCAGAAUCUACAUUUAAGAAACUUGCACCCAGUAAAAAUAGAUACACAUUGCUUAGGGAUGAAUUAUAAUAGUGUUAUGACGGUGAAUCAUAAGAAGAAAAAGAAAAAAAAAAAAAAAAAAAAAAAAAAAUAUGAAGUGAAACUUACGGAAUGAAAUUACAAAAUAUUAGUCAUCGAUGGCGAGUAAAUUCAAAUUAGACAGAAAAGCUUCGCAAUAAUACAUACAAGCGAAUGGUGACUCAUAGUCUAUUUAUAAUCUUGGUCUAUAUCGAGAAGAUAAACCUUAGUUAUAAAAGUGUGUUAGGAAAAUUUUUGUUAUUACGUCUGAUAGCAUUUGAAUUUUUCCUAUUAACAAUUUUCAUUAUAUAUUUAAUAUACAAUUGUAAUAAGAAUUAAAAUCAUAAUUGUAUAAAGCCUUAUUUCAGGAAUAUAAUCGGAUAUUAGUAAUCGGAAAAAUCUAUAAAGAUUUAAAUAUAAAAAAAAAAGAAAAAAAAAGAAAAAAAAAAAAAAAGAAAAAAAAAGAAAAAAAAAAAAGUCGCUUUCAUUCUAUAUUUUUACAUAAAUUUCUAUUACUUUCUUACUAAAGAUAAAAAUUAAAUAUCUCUACUAAAAGUUAUAAAAGAAUAACUUAAAGAUCGUACAUCUCCCACUGUCAAUAUUUACAUAUUAGAUUUUAUACUACUAUUUAAAAUACAGAAGAUACAUGAAAUAUCAUGUGAAACGAAAUCUUUUAAGAAAUUGCUUAAUCGAAAUAUUGUAUUCUCUUUUCACUCGUUAUGAUUUAUAUUUUAAGUAAAAUAUCAAAAAGCUUUUAUUUUUAGAUCUACAUCUAUUACUCGAGUUGCGUUUGAUGUUUUUGCGAGUAACAAUGGUUAGGGGUUCUGAAACUGAAAGAAAAAAGUUCUUUUUUUUUUUUUUAUUACUUUUUUUUUUUUUUUUUUUUUUUUUUUUUUUUUUUUUUAGAACGAACGGUCAAAAAUGAAGUCAAUAAAAAUACGGUUGCAUGAGUGACUUGGUGAACGCAAGAUUAAUUCUUAACGAUGCGUGCGUGUUUGCGUGCGUGCAAUAUUAUUUUAGUUCAUCGAUUCUGAUUGUGAUAUUGCUCUUUAUGAGAAGCUUAUCACAAAGAAAUAAAUGCAUCGUCAUUCUGUGUGUCCGAAAAAAAAAAAAAAGAAAAAGAAAACUUACGAAAGCAUGGUAAACGGUAUGAAGUAUAGAAAUACUUUCUCAAAGUGUUGUACGGAUGAUGGUAUUAUUAAUUUAUUGUUAAUAAAGAGAUUCUAAGUCA